AUGGCUCAUCAUGAACAGGGCUACCGCAGUAUGGUUGUCCUUCCUAUCCACGGGAUAAUCAUCGCGAUCCUCCUCUUACUCGCACACCGUUCAGCGGCUCAGGAUGUAUCCAGCAAUGUAUCAAACUCGCUUUUAUAUGACAUGGUUCCAGACUGCGCCAAGGAUUGUGUGGUUAACUUCAUCAAAUCCGAGUACACACCCACGCAAUGCAAGUCGCCGUCCAAUAUCAAAUGUCUCUGCCGCACCCAGUCAUCCGGUGGCUUAACCUUGGGGGAAGCGGCUUUGAGUUGUGUGCUAUCUGUAUGCCCACAGACGGUUGUUGCCAAAUCUAGGGCGUAUCACAUAUGUGAUUCGGUGCCUGAAGCCCUUCCAAAUACACAUCAGACGAUCACCGCGACGGUCUUUUCUGAUACAAGGACGACGAUAACCACCGAGGCAAGCACGACUGCGGAGAUAAUAUCAACAACCUCUAUCUCGACAACUGAAUACACACCAGAUGCCCCUCUAACAACUUCAACCACAGUAUCGACACUGGUGCCAACCUCUACUACUUCCAGCCAGACCUCUGAGGUCACGUUUUAUCACGCUUCAUCUUCAGAGCCUUCUAAGUCUCAAACAGAGACAAUCACGUCCACCAGUGAGAGUGCUUUGCCUCCCAGUGGGUCUCCUGAAGACACGAAUAAGAAAGAUAAUCAUGCUAUCUCUCCAGCGGCAGUCAUUGGAGUAUCAGUAGCAUCAGGGAUAGCAGGGUCUUUCAUCAUCGUUGUUGCCGUGCUUUUCUGCCGCAAGAGAUGGCGACGAAGACAUCCGGAAAGUGCGCGUUUACACGUCUUUGAGAUUGGGGGCGCGAUGUCUGAGCCUUCCGAUUUUUCAAAACCGAUGCCACGACUCCCGACAGGUGGUUCAGGCCUAGGGUCUUCAUACAGCCUUGCGAGCGGCCACGAGGAAAUAACACAGCAACAGCGCAUUAUCCAGCCAAUGGCUGAUGUCCGAUCACCAUCCCGAUACUUGCCUCGAUUUGCUAGAACAUCACACCCAGGUCAAUCCAGGGACCAUGAACGAAUAGGGUUUGCCAUCAGCUCCGAUUCCGAUUGGGAAGCUUCUCCCAGGACAGACUCGUCGCAGCACAGCAUGGCAAGACUAAUUCCAGAUGGCCCAGCUGGAAUGUAUCCAAAGCCGCUGAAUUGGAACCACCGGCCAGACAGUGGAGGCACUCUCUUUGAAGAAGACGAAACCCACCAAGCGGUAGCGGCGGCCGGAAUGACACAAAACAAUUCCCCGCGAUUAGGGAUUCAACCUAGACUCGCAGGCUUACCACCCAAUCCACGCGCCUUUAAGGACGGCUUCCCAACAGGGAACUUCAAACGAAGAUCCGGUCCUCCGAGUACCUUAGCCUCCCCAUUCAACCCCAACUCGGCCUUGAAAACCUCCUCAUCGAACAAUAGUGCUGCAAUCAACGCGCCUCCUGGGUCAUGUUCCUCCUUAUAUCCAAACACUCACCUCGCCGCUCCUACCCACACCACCCCUGACCAGCAUCGCAGUCUAUCACCAGGAACACAUGCACCUCACCUUGCACGCACCCCAUCAUCAAGCAUACCCCCAGGCUCGGAGAUAGUGUCCAGGCCGCGUAUUGUACACGGCAAUGACAUCAAGCGAGUUCAGAUCCGCAACAGUCCACGACCACCCAGCGAAGUCGUCGCACCAUAUUGCCCCGAGGACCUGUGGCUAGAACGUGGGCGUGCCGGUGCACCCCCAAGAUCUCGAGAAGUUUCUGGGGAACUCCCCUAUCCUUCUGAGCUAUGUCCUGGUGUUGUGCAUUAUCCCGAUAGCCCAAAGAGAAAGGCUGUCUCUAUGGCGAAUCGAGUUUCUCCCACUAGUCGGAACUUGACGCCAUCGAGGAGAGGUGAUGAUUUGAUUCUUCGUGUGGAUUAG